AUGCCCCCCCUGGGCGAGGAGACGCCGCUGAUCGGGGAGCGCUCCUGCAGCCUGUCCUCGGCCGAGACCGGCACCCUCCAGGUGUACCUGUACCAAGGGGCCCCCGCCCCCCGCCAGCCCCCCGCCAGCCCCGCCCUCCUCACCUUCACUUUCGGCGAGUACACGGCCGAGGAGCUGUGUGUCCACGCUGCCAAAGCCUGCGGGGUGCUGCCCGUCUGCCACUCACUCUUCGCUCUGGCCACCGAGGAUCUCAGCUGCUGGUUCCCCCCGAACCACCUCUUCACUGUCGAGGACUCCCGCAGCCAGGUCGUGGUGUACAGGGUCAGGUUCUUCUUCCCCAACUGGUGUGGACUGGGCCAGUCUCACCGCUUCCAGCUGCUGAAUGACCGAGCCAGCCCCAUCCUGGACUACGCUGUCAUCGAUUACCUUUUUGCCCAGUCCCGCAGCGAUUUCGUCGGGGGCCGCGUGGGGGUGGCGCUGAGCCUGCCCACGCAGGAGCAGUGUCUGAGCCUGGCCCUGCUGGACAUGCUGCGCCUGGCCAGGGAGCAGCGCUGCAGCCCCCAGGAGGUCUUCAGCCACGUCAGCUACAAGUCCUGCAUCCCGGAGCCGCUGCGGUGCUGGAUCCAGCAGCACAAUUUCCUCACCCGCAAACGGAUCCGGCGCCGGCUGGGGGCGUCGCUGCGGCGGCUGGGGGGCUGCCAGGCGGACGGGCGGGCGCUGAAGCUCAAGUACCUGCUGGACCUGGAGCGGCUCCCGCGGCGCUGGGCACAGGAGAGUUUCCACGGGCGCUCGCCCGGCUCCGGCGCCGGCAUCACCAUCCAUGUGGCUGGAGAAAACGGUGUCUCCUGGAGCUGCAGCGGGUCCGAGGUCCACCAGCACUUCUGUGACUUCCCUGACAUCGCCGACAUCAGCAUCAAGCAGGCGAGCAGGGAGGGCAGCCCGGAGGAGACCCGCCUGGUCACCCUCACCAGGACAGACAACAGGGUGCUGGAGGUGGAGUUCCCCACGCUGCAGGACGCCUGCUCCUUGGUGGCUCUCCUGGACGGUUACUACCGGCUGACAGCAGAUCCCCAGCACUACUUCUGCAAGGAGGUGGCCCCCCCCCGGCUGCUGGAGGACCUGGAGAACCAGUGUCACGGGCCCAUCAGUGCCGAGUUUGCAGUGAAGAAGCUGAGGGCAGCAGGGAGCCAGCCGGGCCUCUACCUGCUGCGCCGCAGCCCCCAGGACUUUGACAGCUACCUGCUGACCAUCUGCGCCCAGACCCAUUCUGGCCCCGACUACAAGCGCUGCCGGAUCCACCGGGAUGAGGACGGGAGGUUCUGGCUGUCCGGAGUGUCCCGGGGGUUCUGCAGCCUGCGGGAGCUGCUGGACACCUACAGGUACCGGGGGCUGCAGGCAGAGGGGACCCACCUGCGUCUGGUGACCUGCUGCCCUCCCCGGUCCAGAGAGAAGUCCAACCUGCUGAUCGUGCGCAGCGGCUGCCCCCGCCCCCCCCCCCUCGCCCACCGCCCCCUGCCGCACCUCACCCAGAUGAUGUUCCACAAGAUUGACCCCCAGAGCCUCACAAGGGGUGAGAGCCUGGGCCAGGGCUCCUUCACCCGCAUCUACAAGGGUAUCAGGAGGGAUGAGGAGCAGGAUGAGCCCCACGAGACCCCAGUGGUGCUCAAGGUCAUGGACAGCACCCACCAAAACUGCACCGAGUCCUUCCUGGAGGCUGCCAGCAUCAUGAGCCAGCUCUCCCACAAGCACCUGGUCCUGCUGCACGGCGUCAGCCUUGGGAAGGACUGUAUCAUGGUGCAGGAGUAUGUCAGGUAUGGGCCCCUGGACCUCUACCUGAAGAAGAACCAAGGCGAGGGCAAGGUGAACACCAGCUGGAAGCUGCAGGUGGCCAAGCAGUUGGCCUAUGCCCUCAACUACCUGGAGGACAAGAAGAUCACCCACGGCAACGUCUCAGCUAAGAAGGUGCUGCUGACCAGGGAGGGCGAUGUGGCCAGUGGCAGCCCCCCCUUCAUCAAGCUCAACGACCCUGGAGUCAGUGUCACCAUUCUGGCCAAGGACAUGCUGGUGGAACGCAUCCCCUGGGUGGCCCCUGAGUGCCUGAGCGACCCCGCGAGCCUGGCGCUGCCAGCCGACAAGUGGAGCUUCGGGGCCACCCUCUGGGAGAUCUUCAGUGGUGGCAACAUGCCCUUGAGCCAGCUGGAGCCCCAGAAGAAGCUGGAAUUCUACCAGAGCCACCUCCAGCUCCCUGCACCCAGGUGGACGGAGCUGGCCACGCUCAUUGCCCAGUGCAUGGACUAUCAGCCCGGCCACCGGCCCUGCUUCCGCGCCCUCAUCCGUGACCUCAACAGCCUCAUCACCUCCGAUUAUGAGCUGCUCUCUGACCUGUCACCCACCGACGUGACGCUCCGGGACAGCUUCUGGGGGUACGAGUCCCUCGCCACGUGCCAGGACCCCGAGCACUUUGAGGAGCGGCACCUCAAGUACAUCUCGCUCCUGGGCAAGGGCAACUUUGGCAGCGUGGAGCUGUGUCGCUACGACCCGCUGGGCGACAGCACCGGGGAGCUGGUGGCAGUGAAGAGGCUGCAGCAGGAUUCGGCCAAGGAGCUGCGGGAUUUCGAGAGGGAAACCCAGAUCCUGCACUCGCUGCGGCACGACUUCAUCGUCCAGUACCGGGGUGUCUGCUACAGCCGGGGGCGGCGUGGGCUACGGCUGGUGAUGGAGUACUUGCCCAACGGCUGCCUGCGGGACUACCUGCAGAAGAACCAGCCCCGCUUGGACCACAGGACCCUGCUCCUCUAUGCCUGGCAGAUCUGCAAGGGCAUGGAGUACCUGGGGGCCCAGCGCUGCGUGCACCGGGACCUGGCCAGCAGGAACAUCCUGGUGGAGAGUGAGACCCACGUGAAGAUCGGGGAUUUUGGACUGGCCAAGCUGCUGCCGCAGGACAAGGACUAUUACGUGGUGCGAGAACCCGGCCAGAGCCCCAUCUUCUGGUACGCACCCGAGUCCCUGGCAGACAAUGUCUUCUCCCGGGCAUCUGACAUCUGGAGUUUCGGGGUCCUCCUCUACGAGCUCUUCACCUACGGCAGCAAGAGCAGGAGCCCCUCGGAGGAGUUCCUGCGCAUGAUGGGCACGGGGCAGACGGCGCAGAUCAUCUGCCACCUGCUGGAGCUCCUGAAGGACAAUCGGCGGCUCCCGGCACCCGCCGCCUGCUCCGGGGAGGUCUACAAGCUGAUGCUGAGCUGCUGGGCCUUCACCCCCAGCACCAGACCCACCUUUGGGGAGCUGGUCCCCAAGAUCGAGGCACUGCGGGACGGCCGGGGCAAAGCCUGUGGGUAGCCCCUCUGCCCCCCCCCCCCAAGGCUGGGACCCCAAGCCCCCCAGCCACUGCCAAAUGGACACACAGCAACGCUUCA